AAAUUAAAUUCGAAGAACUCAAGUUGAAUGGAGCUAGUAAAAAAAAUAAAUAACAAAAAACAAGAUGAUAGAGAGAAUUUUAUGGAAGUACAUUUAAUAAAGUAGUAGACAGUUGGCCAUAAAAAAAUCUUUGAAUACAGGAAUAAUUGUCUUCCAACACCACUAAUGGUAAAAUUUGAUCAAAUAAAAUUUACAUGGCCACUAGUUGUAAGAGUCAGAACACAGCGAAAGAACCUCCUCUCCGCUUCAAGACAUUCAAGACAUCACGAACGAACGGUCAAGAAAAGUUUAGGAGAACUCUCAAACUAAUAUCAUGUCGUCAUCCUAAAUACAAGAGAUAACAGAAGUUAGUUCAAGCAAUAAUUUCAAACUUCAAAAGAGCGAUUACGAGGGAAAUGAGGGAAAUCAAAUUAAUAUGACAAUCACACAGAUCAUGAUCCAUUUGUGUAAAUCACAAAUCUCAGCUUGUUGAAGCAGCAAAUAAUCAUCUGCUACACACCAAGGGUAAAGGCAAGCAAAAGCACGCCCACGGGGAUAUCAACUUCAAACCCACCAGUGGUGGAGUCAGUAAUUAGAACAGCACAAUCAACCUGUGAGGUACCAGUUGAAGGUUUAUAAUACACUUAAUCAAAUUAAGUAUUAUAAAUAAAUUAUAAAUUCACAUGUUACAAAUAUGUUCAUGUAAAAAUUAGGAAAAUUCACAAAGAUUUCAUAUGUAAAAUCCUUCAAAGUUAACAUGCUAUGCCUCAAUUCUAUCUAUUAGAGAAGUGAUAGCUUCUCUUCCCACUAUUUUUCACUGUUUUCCUUGCUGAAAAGUGAGAUACCCUAUUGACAAUUCGAUAGGUCUUAUACAAAGGGAGUUUAUAUUUAGACUAAAGUUCUAAUAGUAUGUUGCAUGGAACUCUUUUGGGAUCUUAAUCUCUUGGCAAAUUGAAUUCAAAUCAAUUUAAGAUUGUGAUCAAAACCAAUCAGUAGAUAACAAUUUCAUCCAAGAAAUUCCGGACAAAAAAUUGUGAUAUCCUUAAACCACAACAUUUGCAUAAUAGUCCUCCAUCAACUAAUAUUUCAUACAAAGUCUAAUUAAAUUAUAUUUCUUAUAGCACUGUCAUCCAAAACUUGUAUGUGUGUCUUUUAAAUAUGUUUAGACAAUUAAAACAAUUUAAAGAAUACAUUUUGAUAAAACUUUAAUUUUCUAAAAUUGAGUUCAAAAACAUUUUUCUAAAUUGACUAGUCAGAUUUUUGUCUAAUAUAAAAGAGACACAAACUUAAAUAUUCUCUCUUACAAUAAGAGUGAUGGUUCCUUAUUAGAUGAUUAUAAAUCUCCAUGUACUUA